UUUCUCCUCAUCUUCCUCUUCCAUCACACAUCAUCGCUUCAAUAGAUCCGUUCCUCCUAUCUCGCAUCUGUUAGAGCUCCAGCAUGAAGCUCUCAGUUGUUCCCGCUCUUCUUGGGCCGGUCGGGGCUCUUCAAUUGCCCCUCUUCAACGCCGAAGCUUCCCAGUCGGAGCUCUCCACUUCGAGCAAGCAGCUCAUCAGCUCCGAGCUGCUGCAGGAACAGGUCAAGGCAGAGAACCUGCUCAAGAGAGCCAAGGAGCUUUACGAGAUUGCGAAGCUCGGUGAGGAGGAAUAUCAACACCCGACUCGAGUCAUUGGCAGCAAAGGCCACCUCGGAACCUUAGACUACAUCUACUCAACUCUCAGCGAGCUCGACGACUACUAUACCAUUACCAACCAGUCCUUUCCUGCCGUCACCGGAAAUGUUUUCGAGUCACGUCUCGUCCUCGGCCAUACAGUGCCCUCCUCAGCCACCCCGAUGGGGCUGACGCCCCCUACCAAGGACAGAGAGCCUGUCUACGGUCCCAUUGUGGCAGUCUCCAAUUUCGGAUGCGAUGCGUCGGACUAUCCAGACAAUCUUUCCGGUGCCAUUGCAUUUAUUUCGAGAGGAACUUGUCCUUUCGGGACCAAAUCCGACUUGGCCGGUAAAGCGGGUGCGAUCGCCGCUGUGGUGUACAAUAAUGAACAGGGGGAUCUCUCGGGAACCCUAGGCACUCCGACGCCGGAUCACGUGGCCACCUUUGGCAUAUCGGACAGCGAUGCGGCGCCUGUGCUCGAGCAGCUGAAGAACGGCGAGAAGGUGGAUGGCAUCGCUUAUGUCGAUGGCAUCGUGGAGACCAUCAUGACCACAAACAUCAUCGCUCAGACCAUUGAGGGAGAUCAAGAUAACUGCGUCAUGGUUGGAGGCCACAGUGACAGUGUAGCUGAAGGUCCGGGAAUCAAUGACGAUGGCUCCGGCAGUUUGACUUUGCUGGAGUUGGCCACAAAGCUCACGCAGUUUACCGUCAACAACUGCGUGCGCCUCGCCUGGUGGGCGGGUGAGGAGGAAGGUCUGCUGGGGAGUGACUACUACGUGAGCCAGCUGACUUCCGAGGAGAACCAGAAAAUCCGUCUUUUCUGUGACUAUGACAUGCUGGGGUCGCCCAAUUUCGCUUACCAGGUCUACAAUGCCACCAACGCCGUCAAUCCGGUCGGAUCGGAGGAACUGCGCGAUCUCUACACUGAUUUCUACGAGGCACACGACCUCAACUGGACUUACAUUCCUUUCGACGGCCGCAGCGACUACGAUGCUUUCAUCCGCAACGGCAUUCCCGGAGGUGGUAUUGCCACUGGCGCUGAGGGCGUCAAGACCGAGGAAGAGGUGGCUUUGUUCGGAGGAAGGGCUGGGGAAUGGUACGACCCUAACUAUCACCAGAUUGGGGAUGACGUCUCGAACGUCAACCUCACAGCUUGGGAGAUCAACACCAAGCUUGUGGCCCACUCCAUCGCGACCUACGCCCGGUCUUUUGAUGGCUUUCCUAAACGUACCCUGGAUGAUAUCAGCAGUUUCUCUGCUGAGCCGCGGAAGUACCAUGGACACCGUCUGCAGUUGUAGACGAUCCCGUCGCAUCUCCAUCUCGUGCCUAGCUAGAUAGAACUCGCGAGUUAAUGCAUUUGCUGCGUCGCUCACUGCAAUAGACGAAGAUACUUCGGAAUAAACAAUGUUUUGGUAUGAGAGCUUUGCUGCACAACGCUCGCCAGAGAGCCUUGUA